UUUAUAAGCAACAAUAGUUAUACUAUUCAUGGGCGGCUUUUCUGAGUUUUGACUCCAAAAAUAACUGUCACCCUUCUUGUCAUUCGCUAUAUAUAAGAACCCCGUUUCUCCAUCUAUGCUUCCUCCGUGAUCAUUUUUUGCUCUUUCUAGCUGUUACUCAUUUUCUUUUGGGGAAGGGGUUGAUAUGCAAGCUCAAGCUGUAUUUGUGGGGUCUGAUCAUCAUCAUCAAGAAGCCUUGAUCAUGAAAGGCAAGCGUACCAAGCGCCAAAGAUCGCCAACCCUGUUUGGUGUCCCGGUGACUUCGAGCUCAUCAAAUGGUGGUGAUGGAGUGGUGGAGGAAUAUAACUCGAUUUCUUCUCCGAUGACAUCCGAUGAGAUUUACGAGAGCACCGAGGAAGAAGAGGAGAUGGCUAAUUGCCUAAUCAUGUUGGCACAAAGUGAAGGUCCCAAAAGGAGUACUGUUGAAGCGAAAUUCAAGAUAGCUACUAAGACAAACAAGGGUGAGCUUUAUGUCCACGAGUGUAAAACUUGUAACCGGUCUUUCCCUUCGUUCCAAGCACUAGGAGGCCAUAUGGCAAGCCACAAGAAGCCUAAAGGCGCCAUUGCAGAGCAGAAAAGACCACUAGUUUUGGCAGUUAAUGAUGCAGUCAUUGCUUUACGAGUAAGCAACAAAAAGGGUAAUAAAAUUCACGAGUGCUCAAUCUGUGGCUCGGAAUUCACGUCCGGUCAAGCCCUCGGAGGUCACAUGAGAAGACAUAGGACAGCAUCAGCAGCUGCUGCAAGCAACCAAGAUGCCAUGAAUGGCGAUGAUGACAUCAAGCCUAGGAAUAUUACGCCUUUGGAUCUUAAUCUUCCUGCACCUGAAGAUGAUGUUAGAGAUUCCAUGUUCGAAUUUGGAACACCCCAACAAGCUAUUGUCUUCUCCACACCAGCUUUGGUAGAUUGCCAUUACUAAACAAGGAAAAUCCUGAACCAAUGUGAAUUAUUUUUUGAAUUUUUUUUUUCUUUUUUACUCAAGGAGUUAUAAUUUUGAAGAUCCACAUGAUCAAGGGGUCACUGUACUGUUCAUGGUUGCCUUUCAUUCACGAAAAGUGAGAGAUGGGGCAUCUUCUAUUUCAUAAAAUUAGGCUUUAGUAUGAUUGGUGGAUGCCGUAAAUUUACAACAUUCCGAUGCUAUACUUUUUUUUGGGGGGGGGGUAUAAAUACAUCAACGUGGAAACCAUUGGCUAUCUAGGGUUUGGAAGCAGCCAAAAGUCAUGGACUAUAUAUUAUAUAUAUAUAUAUUAUUUUAAUGGUACGUCUUGUUUAUAGCUCAAA